UGUUCCAGCUCCAACCAACAUGCCCCCCGCGCCGACAACGGCGCAUAAGCGUCCAUGGCCAUCAUCGACACCCCCGGCGCUUCUCAUUGCUGUGGUUGAUCUGCAUCCGCUAGCAUGGUCGCUCCUCUCGAACCUGCAGCCAAUACCUUCCUCUCCAAGCCAUGAGAAGGAGAAGGCGCCCAUCGCUCCGUUGACUCUCGGCGAGUUCGCGACCAACCUCAUGGUAUUUCUCAAUGCGCAUUUGGCCAGCCGGUGGGGUAACGAGGUUGUGGUGUACGGUGCGACAGCAGGCAAGGCUGUACUCCUUUACCCGCAACCUGGGGAGCCAUCUACGCCGCAGCCCAACUUCUACCAGCCGUUCCAGAUGCUGGACUCACGCUUCGAGGAGCAGCUCAAGGCGGUUUUUGCUGCCGAGGAGGAGCGGCUAGCUGAGGUUGAAGGGAAGGGGUUGAACGACCCACCAGCUCUGGUAUCGGCGUUGACGAAGGCGCUGUGCUAUAUCAACCGCCUCCGCCCUCCCGAGGUGCACUCGACGGGGAUGGCGAUCGUUGACGACGGCAAAAGCUCGAAUCCUGAGCAACCGGAGUCCCGUAUCCUCGUGCUAAAUGCGACACCGGGUGGCGCUGAGGAUGAGGCUGCGCUGAACGGCAAGACGGCCAAGGCGUCCGGCGGGAGCGGCGGGCAGCGCGGUUACGUCGGCCUAAUGAACUGUGUCUUUGCGGCGCAGAAGGCGCACAUCCCCAUCGACGUCCUCACCCUCCCGCCGGAGAGCACCAAGACAUCACCGCCCAUCUUCCUGCAGCAGGCGGCCCACCUUACAGGUGGCAUCUACUGGCGGUGGAACGGGCGCGGCGGGAUCUUGCAGUACCUUCACUCGCUAUACCUUCCCCCGCCCUCGCUGCGGAAGCGGCCGUUCACCCAGCCGCCGCAGGACGCUGUCGACUUCCGCGCCGUGUGUUUCUGCCACCAGGAUGUCGUCGAUGUUGGUUUUGUGUGCAGCGUGUGUCUGAGCAUCUUCUGCCAGCCCAAGCCUGUGUGCCCGAUGUGCAAGACCAAGUUUCCGCGCAACGCGUGGGGGACGCUCAAGGAGCUGGCGGCGAAUGUGGAGCCAAUCCCUCUGCCCAAUACCGUGCCGGCGCCCUUACAGAAGAAGCAGCGGCCGGCCACGAACGGGGCGUCGAACGGGCCUCCCCCCGGCGCCGAGGUGAUCGAGAUUCUCUAGACUGUAUACUAGAUGUAUGUGUAGCCGAC